CUCUAUACCAUGAUGCGAAAGCCUCCUGAUUCGGACGGACUAUCACCGCAGUCCUCGGGGGAGAUGCAAAACCUUCGAGAUGAAAAUGCAGAGCUCCAGGAGACAUUAAACCACACGGUCGCAAAGCUGAUGAAGCUACAGGGUGGUCUGGACCAGAUAUCAGACGGGCAUGUGAAGAGGCGAUUCGAGUCACUAUGGAUCGCCACCCAAGACUGGGUAACGAAUAUCGAGGUGGAUUUGGCACAACACUCCCGAGACUUCCGCCAAGAUAGUUUCGAAGUACUGCUUGCGGGAGAUUCAACAGAUGGAUUGCUUUGGCAGCUGGGUCUCGAAGAGCAAGACUAUGAUAGACUAGAAAGAAAAUCGGCGUCGUAUCCUCACUAUGACGACUAUGCGAAGAUGAAAUGGCUCGGCACACUGGGCAGCUGUAUACACGUGGUUCUGUCCCGUCAUAUAUGGUGUUUUAUAAACCGCCAUGUUUUCCAAAAACGCCCGUCAGGAGUAGUUUCCGACGCAGGAAAAGGAAUCGAGUACAUUGGGAAAGCUAUUGCGGGAGGUUGGGAAGGUGGGCAGGGUACCGGCACAGAAGCCGUACAAAAAGCUCAUAAAUGGAGAGCCGAAGCAAUGGCCACUUUGAUGUCGACAAGAGAGUUUCAGCGAAGAAAAGCCGUCCGUUUGGAAGAGCUUAGGAAUGAUCUGGAAAAUCACACGUCUAAGCUUGUCUACCGUCCUACAUUGGACCAACAUCUGGAGGCAUUAAUUACAAGUGUACUGUAUCCAGCUGUUGGUCUACAAGAAAGUCUGGCAUGCUCGUCCAUCGUAUACGACAUCAACGAGCUCAACUUAUCGCCUGGUGCGACGAAUAAACAGGACCAUCGACUGCACGAGUGUACGUUGAAGGACGUGGUGGAGCUGAGAGAGAGAGACCCUGCAAAUACGCGCGGUAUCUUUUGUGUUCUUUUUCCUGGGAUGUAUCGAGUUUCUCACACGGAAAAGAAAAACUUACCCAUAGUGAAACCUGUCGUUCUGGUUUGGGACAAAGAUAGUUUUCAAACAUAUCUCAGCUAUAAAGAAGCUUUUAAUAGGAGUCGACUCCAACGUUCCAGGAGUCCGAGAAAGCUGGAAUCAAGAGCCUCUUCUCCUUCCCAACAACCUAAGCGCUCUCGAAGGAGAAGACUCUCCGUAAAUGAACAAAAACGCGCUCCUGACCCGAAACAUGGAAAGCGAGAUCAACCUGUCGGAAGAGCCACGGGAAUUAGCAAAGCUGGCACGUGGACUGAAGAAGGUCUCGGCAUCCAUGAAGAAAAGCCCCCCCUUCGACGCUCUAUCACAGAUGAUUUCAUGGGUGGGAUCUUUCCGAAAAGCUGGAUGGCAAAGAAGAUGCCGAAGAGACGUGCUUCUAUAGCACCGACUCAUUCAGGCUCGACGUCCAAGCCGAGUUCGCAUCAUAAUUCUCCAAAACUUCCCCACGAGCAAUCAUCGAGGGAGCAUUCGAGAGCACGGUCCAAAUCGAUCCAAUAUCAUGGGUCGCAAGGUGACGGUGGUGACAUCGUAACAGUAACAAGGGAUGAGAGCGAAGACGAAGACGAGAGCAGUAGCUCUCACGACUCGACUGAAAAUAAUUUCGAUGAAGAGACAUACGCUCCAAAGCACACCCAUGACGUGGAUCCCUAUCCAGAACCUAGUUACUCUCGGCCUAGUAUAGAUCCAACACGUAAGCGUCUCCUGGAGCAUAUCAGAUUGAGGUCGGGAAAUUGA